GAAACCGUUAGAAAGUUCCACCGACGAAACUGUCGAUGCAGAGAACAGGGACCUUAUCAAAGCUCAUCGACAAUACUGCUGUGCCCUUUGUUAAUUUAAAACUGUAGCACUUUUAUCAUUUAAAAAAUAAUGACUCAGGCACAAGCGUAUAAAAGUGUUGGACAAAUGUUGGCAAACGGCAACUACUGUUGUUGUUGUUGUUGUUCUUAACCAGGUCCAGGAUGUAUAAGGCGCAGGACCAAUGACGUAGUGCUACCGACAAUAUGCAGAUUCAGUGUUAUGAUAUGCGAUUUUACUGAAAUUAAUUGCAGUGCUUAAUAUUUUCGAACUUAAGAAAUCUAUUUUGGACUAGUCAAGAUACAUGCCCUACGAGUUAACUGGAAAAAAAAUUUCGACCGACCGACCGGCUGGAAAGUUUGACAGCAAAAACUAUGAAACGAACAGUAAUUGUAUACGCUCUUCUGGCGGGGGCCGUAUCAGCAGACGUCACAUCAGAUCAAAAUGUUUAUCACUAUCUCGAAACGCGGUGCGGCCUUGUAGACGCGGUAGUGGUCGAUACGGUGAUGACAAUUCAGCUUAGAGAUAACACGCACCCCAUUGAAGCUCGGCCAGAAUGUCGAAGUUUCAUCGAGUUCAAAGCAAAAAAGAACUACAGUCUGCAAGCAACAAUACGGAACCUCCACUUAACCGAAAGUUCGCCCCAGAAGUUGUGUUUGACUCAUUUCUUAAUGGUGGUUAAUGCAUUAAAGAACGAAACGCAUCGUAUGUGCCAUUAUCACGGACCUCUCAAGGCCGGGGAAGUUGGCCAGUUUUUUGGGAACGAGCUGAACUUCUUCUACACACGGAAGGAAGAACUGAAGCCCGAGCACGACAUGGAAAUCACCGUUACCAGCAUCAUCCAAGCGGAUUCUACGACGGAUUGCCCAGAUAAUAUGUUCAAAUGCAUUAAAAGCCAAAUUUGUGUACCCGAGACCUCAAGAUGCGACGGAGCUUUUAAUUGCGGGGACUAUUCCGAUGAAAGGGAUUGUGGUAUGAACGCAUCUGUCACGGGGAACCCUAAUACAGAAGCACCAAGAGUCGUCGUUGUACAAAAGUCUAAAAUGGCGGCCGCUGAUGUAGGUACAAAAAGCCUGAACAAAACCUCCAUAGUAAUCAUCGGAGUGGGUCUAGGUCUAAUGCUCAUUUGUUUCGUGGCUGUCUUUGCUUUGAUUACCGUUCGAAGGAUACGCAAAAGGAACGAUUUCCAGCCGGUAUUCGUCCAGGACACGCGACCUCCGCAACAGGAGACAAGUGUAGCCACGAAUCAAGAGAUCGAUCAAGACUCGGGUAUUAAUGUCGCACUCAGAACCGAUGUCGUCUAGUUAAGGUAGCGGUUGGAACGUCUCGUGUGAGGGCGUUCCUUAUCGGGAGCUGACGCUCCACGUUAUCAGGAUCUUCAUAAUCGGCCUAGGACUGGCCGAUUCACUCUGGGUUUGAUUGGCCCGCAAAGGAAAUCAUUUGACAAGCACUAUCAGAAUCGCUCAGUUAGAUUUAGAAAAAUCUUUGAGGAGUUACCGCCUGUUAUUAGCCUUUCAGGACUAUUACGUGUCCGCCAAAACGUAAUGAUAAUACUAAUCACUAAGAACUUUAGGUAUCGUGGGACGCGCUGGAGGCCCAUAGCGCUGUGAAGCUGCAAAGCUUGAUUCAUGUUAUAUUUUGGUCUUCCAAAUUGGCAAGUACAUCAAAUCUAAGCCAAAAAGUAUUGAAAUUUGCUAUUACUUUAGUAUCACAUUUGACGAAUAAAAGCAUAAGUUGAGCCGUUUUGAGAGACGCUGAAAAUAACCAACUGUAGGGGUUGUGUAAAAUGGGUGGCGUGGCUUUAUUCAGGAGCGACCCGGAAAGUCAACCCAGUUUAGCUUGAAGUCCUAUCAGCGCGGUCAGACUUGCAAGUGGAACCGCAGGUGGCUUCGUUGUCUGUGAAAAAAUUCGCCUACAAAGGCAGAGGAAGCCUCUAAAUAUUUAUAUUUAAAUAUAAACGUGACGUAUUAAAAUAAUAACAUUAAUGCUAAUGAUACAACGAAAGCACACUGGGCUUGAUUGACCUGACUUGUUUUUAAUGUAUUUCUUUUAGUUGUGUGAAGCGUCACGGAUGUUAAGACAGGAAUAAAAUUUUUUGUACGCUGUUCGGUUCGA